CAGCGGUGGACUACCGACGGAGAGAUGAUCGAAGGCGUUUGGACUGGGUCAUAGCAAGACGGUGUGGUCGCUCUCGUGGUCAUCCAGCGGAAGUCAAAUUGCCAGCGGGUCUGAAGAUAGAACAAUUUUGAUUCGAAAUGCAGAAAGUGGGGAAGUCGAGGUAGGCCCGAUCGAUGCGAAACAAGGCUGGUUGUGGAGUCUUGCAUAUUCACCUUCGGGUGAGAGAAUUGCAUCAGGCGGGGACAAGAAAACAAUUUGCAUCUGGGACACCAAGACCGGCGAGCUCAUUGUUGGCCCAAUCCAGGACAUGGGGAACUCUGUAACAUCAUUGGUGUGGUCGUCAGACAGCACAAAGCUUUAUUCCGCAUCCGACGAAUUCCCACGUGUUUUCAACAGUGAAACAGGCGAACUACUCCAUCGCUUUGAGCAUGACCAUAUCGAUGCAUCCGACGAAUUCGCACGUGUUUUCAGCAGCAACAACGCAUCCGAUGUACGUGCUUUCAACAGUAGAUGCACAUCCGACGAGCACCGCACACCACGUUUGGGACAUUCUUUUGAUCGAUUCCGCACAGCGCGUUUUGGGGAUCCACCACCUUCAGGACAUUCUUUUGCAAUUUAUUCAUACGACAGACCGAAAGUAUAUCAUCAUAACAUCCUGAAUUCCGUUGCACUUUCACCCACACACGAUAUCUUGGCGUGUGUGGGCGCCAAUGGCGUUGCGCAGUUUUGGGACACUGUGUCCCACCAGCAACUUGGCCAGCCAUUGCAUAAGAAUCACAAAUUCACCCUCCGCUGCGUGUCAUUCUCUCGAGACGGGAGAUACGUAGCAUAUGGCGGAUACGAUAAGAAACUUACUCUGCGGAUGCUCAAAGACAUAGCUCCUCAGCUUCUACCAAAUAGAAGACAAAGCACACAACAGGUAACUCGGCCCAACUCCCCAUUAUCAUCUUGUCUCGACGCUGAUGCUACGGGAGGUGGUGGCUUCAUUGAGGAGGCGCGCGAUGACCCGUACUAUCACUUCUUCCAACAACCUCCUCCAUCGCCAUCGCCUGGUUUCCGUCUUCCCCUUUUGUUUUCGACCCGCCGCCUCUGGAAUGUCAUCUCUCGACGCUGCCCGCCGCCGGACGAGUCCGUUCCACAAGAAUGCUCCAAGCGUGGUUUCUUCAGUCGUCGCGCUCGCUCAAACUUGUCCCAGGAGGUCGCAACUAUUAAACCCGAUCAACAAGUGCUAGAAAGUAAAAGGGAAGAAGGGGAUGGCGAACAACGUGAAACCUGCGGUUUCACACAUGAUUCGCCCAGCGCCAGAAAGGAUGAAGGUAAACAGCGAGAUGAUCCUCCCGACAAUGCGCAGAGCCCACCAUCUGCUGAUCGUACUCCCCCCGCCCAACCGGAUAGCAAAGAUAGUCGAUGCCUCCGGGAACGGUUAAUACACGCUCAAGGCAAAUAUCUUGCAUUCGGUUUCCUGCGUUCCAGCACUCCAUCUGCAAAUGCGCCCAAACAAAUACUGCGCAAUCACCGGUACUGGAAUUCCAGUUCAUAUCCUUUAGGGUCUUCCAGAUAUACUGUCGAUGUUGCUGCUUGCCGCGAUGAAGAUAGAUACGGCAUUGCGCCUGAAACUGACGAGGAAGCAGCUGCAGCCAUGCUACGCACAAAUAAUGACGUAGCCGACAGUUCAACACGGCCAGGUCAACCCGUGGUGGUGGCACAAGUGUCUCAAGGACAGCUCACACAAACACAAGCCUCAACGAGUGGGCCAGGAGAGAUCGUCUAUGAAGGAGUAAGCUGCUGCGGAUUUUUCUGUGGCUACGUUCGUCGUUCCAACCCACGUCAGUCAUGAGUUCAUUUGUUAAGGCACUCUCUAACAUUGAUCAAUCACUUAUUUCUUUUAUGUACAUUGUAUAUGGACGACAUAUCUCAUACCC